AUGAUCGAGCCUGCAGAAAAGGGAACCACCGAGAUCCUGAAGGCUGCUCAUCAGCACGGUGGUACCGCGUUAAAGCGUUUCGUUCUCCUCGGAAGUGCCGUAUCCGUGCUUAACUCAUUCGAGGAUAUGUCCAGGGAAGGCAAUCCGUACACAGAGAAAGAUUGGAACCCGGUAAAGAUUGCUAGCGUCUACUCUAUUGAUAUACUCUUUUUAUCUGACAUGGCAAAGGUGACGGCUGAGCAAGCCAUUGACAGAAAUGAUCCCGUUUUGGGAUAUAACGUGUCCAAGACAAGGGCCGAGGCUGCUGCGUGGGGUUUUAUGAAGCAGAAUGCAACCUCCUUUGAUCUGGCCGUAAUCAACCCGGACAUCAUCAUUGGUCCAAUGACCCAACCAAUCUCAGGCCCUAAGUCUAUCAAUGAGACCAAUCAUUUUGCCAUAGCGAGCUUUAUUGAUGGAACUCACAAUGAUAUUGACGGCGUCACCUUCCCUUUCUACCAUUUCGUGGAUGUUCGAGACGUGGCCCGGAGUCAUGUAGAUGCGCUAGAAAACCCCUCAGCGGCAAACCAGCGGGUUCUCCUCAUCUCAGGUCUCAUAUCACCCCAACUGGUGGUCAACAUCAUCCGCAAGAAUUUCCCUGGCCUUGCUAACCGGGUCCCCAAGGGCAAUCCCUCUCAGGUCUUACCUCCUGGAGUUCAUCCCACGGGAUGGGAUAUGCGCGUGAGUCUGGGGAUCCUCGCCGACGGUACCAAGGAGGGCAAGUGGGAGUACAUUGACCUGGAAACUAGUGUCAUUGAUACUGUUGAGUCGAUGAUGAAGAAAAAUGUCCUUUAG